AUACUAGUUUGAAAGAGAUACACGUUCUCUUGUUCUUCUUCCAUUUCCUCAUCUCUUUACCUUACCCUCCCAAACUACCAUUCAUUCAUCCAUUCACCCAAAAAAAAUCAAAUCUUUCUUCCAAAUUUCACCCUUUAACCAUGGCAUCUCUAGCUGUAUCAUCUCUCAAUCUCUCAUACAAACCCCUUCAAUCAUCCUUUCUCCUCUCCUCUUCAAACCCUUCUUCUCUUCUCACUCUAAACUUUCUUCCCAAAAAAUUCACAAAAUCCAACAAACUCAGAACCCUAAUCGUUGCCAAAUCCAAUGACAGUGACUCAGCUGAUGCUUCUGACCGUUUAAUUUCCGCCCUUUGUUACCUCUACCCCUUUUUUGAUGGCAUACAGUAUGGAAAAUUUGUAAUCACUCAGUUUUACCCUAUUCAAGCUAUUGUUGAACCAUUGAUUCCUGCAAUUAGGGUUUUCAAAAGCUUUCCCUUUAAUGGGUUUCUUGUGUUUUUGACCCUUUACUUUUUUGUUGUCAGAAACCCUAAUUUCAGUAGAUAUGUGAGGUUCAAUACAAUGCAAGCUAUUGUGCUUGAUGUGCUGUUGAUUUUUCCUGACCUUUUGGAAAGAGGGUUUAAUCCAAAGGGUGGGAUUGGGUUGGAUUUGUUGAUGAGUUUGGAUAGCACUGUGUUUUUGUUCCUGUUGGUUUGCUUGAUUUAUGGUUCUUCUUCUUGCAUUUUGGGUCAAUUGCCUAGAUUGCCUAUUGUUGCUGAUGCAGCUGAUAGGCAAGUUCUUUGAAUGGGGUUCGUUUUUAUUUGUAAUUGUAUAGAAACUUGUUGAUUUGAUUCGGUAUUUGCUAGUGGGAAAAAGAUUGCUUUUUUACCUCAUUAUUAGCAAUCCUAGAAUGAUGUAAGGAUACAGAUAUUUUUAUUGUUUCUUGUUUUGCUGUGUUCUUGAUUCAUAUGAGUUUUGAAUUCAGGAGUUUCUUAGUCUGGCUUUA